GGACGUCAAGUGGCAGGACGUUGACCGCAUAGAGCGAGGCCGCAGGGGCGAGCUGGCCAAGCGCCUGGCCGCCGACCAGGAGCGCGCCGCGGCGCGCGAGGCCUCCCUGCAGGCCGACUUGGCAGCCGCGCUGGCGCGGGCAGAGGGCGCAGAGAGCGAGCUGGAGACCCUGCGGCGGAAGCCCAGGUUCUCCGAGGGCAAGGUGCAGGUCGAGCAUGGCGAGCUGGAGGCCCUGCGGCUCAAGAUCGGCGCCUCUGAAGGCGAGAACGAGGCCUUGCGCGCCCAGCUGCGGGCGGCCGAGGAGAGCGCGGCCGCGGAGCGCGCGGGCGCGGCCGCGGAGCGCGAGCGCUGCGGCGCGCUCGCGGGGGACGCGGAGGCGCUUGGCGCCAGGCUGCAGCGAGCGGAGGCGGCGGCGGCGAAAGAGACGGAGGAUCGCGAGGCGGCGGCCAAAGCGGCGGAGGAUCGCUGGAGCGCCGUCGUGGAAGAGCUGCAGGAGCAGGUCCGGAGCCUGACGGAGCAGGCGCAGCACACGGCGGAGGCGAAGGCCGAGGCCGAGGCCGAGGCCAGGGAGUUGCAGGCGAGGCUGGACGAGGCCCUGCGGCAGCUCCAGGAGAGCUCCGCCGCCGCGGCCGCCGCCGCCGCGAGGGCGGCGGCCGCCGAGGGCGCCCUCGCGGGGGCGCUGGCGCGGGAGCGGGAGCUGCAGGAGGCGAACGACUUGCUGCAGGAGGAGGACGACGCCAUGGACGACCUCCACGAGGUGGACGGCGAAGACCCGCUUUGCGAGGACGAGGCCACGCGCGGCGACCCCUCGGCCGCCGACCUGCCCCACGUGGCCGGGGCGCCGGAGCUGCUCCUCGCGUGCUUCCUCCAGCCCGGGGCGGAGGCGCCCGAGCCGCAGCCGUCGCGGGUGCAGGUGGACUUGGCCCGCGCCGAGCUCGUUGUCGAGCUGCUGGCCCCCGUGGGCUCGCCGAGGCGGAUCCCGCUCGGCCGCGUGGGCGCCGCGGCGCGCCGGGGCGACGGCUGGAGGCCCGCCCUGGAGCUGCACCUCAGCCCGGAGGCGCCCGUGGCCGGCGGCGCCCCGCCCGCGGCGGCGGAGAUCCUGCGCCUCACAGCGGACGAAACUUCCUUCGAUGCGUUGGUGGCGGCCAUCGGCGUCCCCCAUCGCGUGGCACCUGGCGUAGCGAUGCGCGUGCAGCCGGGCUCCGUGCUUCAGACUCCCACGGGCACGCUGUCGAGCAACGCCACCGACGUGUCCGACCUGAGCACGCACGAGGCUGCAGACGUGGCGGUGGCUGGCGCCGCCUGACCCUUGAGCCAGGGAAGGAGGCGGAGGC